AAUCAUAAGAUUUUUCUAAAUUCCAGUACCAAAACGGCUAGCUCUGCUGUUCUCCUGCUGAUUUGAAAGUAGGUCAUGAUCUUCUUCUUAGAGAUUGAGGGUUUUGUUCUGUAUUGUAUUGGAUGAUAUUUAUUCUCUAUUCGCAAAGUACGGAAAGGCCGUGGAUGUCUAUUCCUAGAGAUCGAAGGACUGGUGAUUCGCGUGCUUUUGUAUUUGUUCGCUUUAAAAGUAUAAGAAAAGCUCAAAAAGCAGUUGAAAGGCUUGAUGAUAAGGGGUACAACUUUUGAGAUGUCUUGCGACGAUUUGAUGUUGAACGUGUCUCACAAAUUCAGAAGUUCCACUUUUGAUGAAUUGUUUCAAGCUCAUGUCACGCCUGGACUUAGUGAAAAAGCCAAGAAAGCAGUGCAGCGUGAGAAAUCAAACAACAUUGAUCUACAAGACUCUGAUGGAUUGAAAAGGGAAAUCUUGAUAAGUUUGGAUGGUGACUCAAUCUCUUACCUUCUCUCAUUGAUAUCAUCAUGGUUGCUUUCUUUAGCUGGACUAAAAUCGUUCAACAUCAAUGUUUUCUUUUCCUCCAGUUGAAUAUUAUAUGUACAAUAGAUGCUACAGUUAAUUUGAACUGCGUAAGCAAGGGCUUCAGCUCUCAAGAGACUCAAUUGGGAAGGACUUAGCUGGCUGCAUCUUUGAAUGAUCUUUUCACGGUCAGCACCGAAAAGCUUUCUCUGUCACUGAAGCACAUUGUACAAGUAAGGAAACAAAUACAAUUGUUUCUGGAUUUUAAUGAGAUGAUGGAGAACGUUGAGAAUGUAACGAAAGGUGUGGUUAGGUUAGCUAGAAAAGGUGAUGAUCCUAAGUUGAAGAGUUU